GAGUAGGAUUGUUGAAAAGGCUAAAAGAAUAGCUCACACCCUAAACGCGGAGACCAAAUCCCCAGAAGAACAUGACCCACUCGCCAUUGACCCUUCUUCUCCUUUUUUACCCUUUGCCUCAAUCUCUCUCUCCCUCUCCACCUUCUUCCCCAGCUACACCCAGUUCUCCCUUCACCCGAAAUUUACUCAGUUAUUUUCUCACAAGGUCAAAAUCCCUACGCAAGCCUCUUCUCUUACCCAUCUCUCUCUCUCCACUGCUCCUUCUCCUUCUCCUUCCAGAAUCUCCUUCAACUCCACCGUCUUCCUCAAUCCUCUGCUGUCUCCUCUCUCCCUCGUCCCUCGCCGCCCCGUCGAUCCUUCCUCCGCCGCUGCUCUCCGCCGCACAGCUGUCGUCUGGUUCCGCAAUGACCUCCGCGUCCACGACAACGAAUGUCUCAACUCCGCCAACGACGAGUGCGUUUCCGUUUUGCCCGUCUACUGCUUCGACCCCAGAGAUUAUGGCAAAUCCUCAUCCGGGUUCGACAAGACGGGGCCGUUUCGUGCCCAGUUCCUGAUCGAGUCCGUCUCCAACCUCCGGAAGAAUCUCCAAGCGAGAGGGUCGGAUCUCGUCGUUCGUGUCGGGAAACCAGAGUCCGUUUUGGUCGAAUUGGCUAAGGCGGUAGGAGCGGACGCGGUGUACGCCCACCGUGAAGCGUCUCGCGACGAGGUGAAGUCGGAGGAGAGGAUAGAAGCGGCAAUGAAGGAGGAAGGCGUCGAAGUGAAGUACUUCUGGGGAAGCACGCUGUAUCACAUUGACGAUUUGCCGUUUAAAUUAGACGAAAUGCCGACGAAUUACGGUGCAUUCAGGGAUAAAGUCAAGGGUCUGGAGAUUCGGCAGCUGAUGUCGGCUUUGGAUCAGUUGAAGGGUUUGCCUUCUCAGGGAGACGUAGAACCCGGCGAUAUUCCUUCUCUGGUGGAUCUCGGGAUCAAUCCGACCGUUAGAACGAGUCAGGAGGGGAGACCUGCAAUGGUGGGAGGAGAGACAGAGGCAAUGGAGAGGAUACAGAACUUUGCAGCAGAGUGCAAGGCUCAAUCGAAGGGCAACAACAGUAACAGCGUGUAUGGCUCAAAUUUCUCGUGCAAGAUAUCGCCAUGGUUGGCCAUGGGGUGCAUCUCUCCUCGUUCCAUGUUUGACGAGCUGAAGAAAACCGUCUCGAUCUAA